AUGGCCAAACCACUCGGCCGUCUGGCCUCUGAAUCAGUGCAUGUUACCAUCAACCCGGCUCCUCGGUCCAUCUCCGAGAGCAAACUGGUCUUAUCUGCACUGCAGAAAUACGGCGAGGUCGUCACUUUUCGCAAUCUCAAGUACGACAAAACACAUACCUCCCCCACCGCAUCCCAAAACACAAUCCUAAUCUACGACUCCCCUCAAUCCGCCAAAUCCGCCAUCGCCGACACCCCUCUUUCCAUCCCCAUUCCGUCCUCCUCCUCCCCUUCCACUUCUAUCACGGAGAGACCCUCCCGGGUUGACCCCUGGAGCACAUCACCAGGAUCAGACACCCCCGCGCCACGGACCCGUCCGCGGAUACUGACCUGCUCCCUCCAACCAUCACGACAUAACCAUAUGUCGGCGCUGAAUCGCAACCCGUGCUAUCGAGGAUUCUACGUCCAGGGGGAUAGUUACCAUGCGGUGGAUUUGAUGAAGACGGGUAUCCCGCUGAAGGAGUUGGCAGAUGUGCCGGUUCGAUGGAAACCGGCGCAUUCGAAGGGCAGAUGGAGAGAGCAUGUCGGACUGUCGUUGCAGGAGAUGUAUAAGGAGGGGUUUAGACUAGAGAAAGCGAAAACGAAGCAGGAAAUGGACACGCAGGAGGAAUUGAGGCUUACGGAUGGGAUGGCGGGGAUGGAUGAUGCGAAGUAUAAGAGGUAUACGCGGGAGACGGAUAAUGCGAGGAAUAUUGAAGGGUUGGAUAUGGAUAUCAGGGGUAGGAUGAGGAGGUGGAAGAAACGAAAACAGAACCAAAAGGGUUGA